AUGGCUAACUUCAGCUCAGAACUCCUUGCAACCCUCAUAUUUUCCCUCUUGCUGAUCACCACUGUCAAAUCAAACUCUCUUUCUUUCAGUUUCCCCACCUUCGACCCUAAUGUUAGAGGCAUCCUCCUCAACGGCGACGCCAACACCACAAACGGCAUACUCCAGCUCACAAAAAUUGACCAAUAUGGUAACCCAUCUCCGCACAGCUCCGGCAUAUCUGCAUUCUAUAGAGCAGUUCAUCUCUCCGAUAUAAAAACAGGAAACGUCGCAAACUUCACCACCGAGUUCUCAUUUGUGGUAAACCACUCACAACCCCACGGAGAUGGAUUCACCUUCUUCCUAGCCUCACUUGAUUUCGAGUUCCCGGAGGGUGAGGGUGGUGGUGGUGGAUUCUUAGGACUUUUUGACGAAGAAACUGCUUAUAACACCUCCAAGAAUUCCAUUGUGGCCAUUGAGUUUGAUAGCUUUUCGAAUUCUUUUGAUCCCAGCUUUCCUCACAUUGGAAUCGAUAUAAACACUAUUAAGUCUGUGGUUACGGUUCCGUGGUCAGUGAAUGAUGAGCCACAAGGAGCAAUUGGAAAUGCAAAAAUCAGCUAUAGUAGUAACUCUGGAGAACUGAUUGUGGAUGUAUCUUAUUCCAGUCAAAAUUCAACAAAUGUAAAUGCUAUUGUGUAUCCAAUUGAUUUUGGGGACAUUCUGUCGGAGUGGGUUAUGAUUGGUUUCUCUGCUGCCACCGGUGAAUUUGCUGAAACACAUUCUAUUCUUUCCUGGUCUUUCACUUCGACCCUCUAG